AUGAAAAUUGAAGAAAUUCCUCAAGAAACCGAAACGCCCGUCGUAGCUUCGAAAGAAUCAACUUCACCUGAAGUUGAUAAUUCACCUGAAACUAUAGCAAAAGAGCGUGCAGAGCAGGCUUCUUUACCCUACAUUUGGCGUCAAACUUUACAAGACGUAACUAUCACUAUUCCAUUACCUACGGGAACGCGCGCUCGUGAUUUAGCUGUGGUUAUUGGUAAAAAGUCAAUAUCAGCAGCUUUGAAAAAAACAGGUAGUGAACCUUAUAUAAAUGGUGAUCUUUUCAAUAAUGUUCAAACAGAAGAAUCGACCUGGUCUGUUGUUGAUCAAAAAGAACUUGUCAUAACUCUUGAGAAGAUCAACCAAUCUGAAUGGUGGCCCCAUGUUGUUACUAGCGCACCGAAAAUUGACGUUCGCCGCAUUGAACCAGAAAAUUCUAAGUUAAGCGAUCUAGACGAUGAUACAAGAGCCAUGGUAGAAAAAAUGAUGUUUGAUCAACGACAAAAGCAAAUGGGCAUGCCGACUAGUGAAGAGCAAAGAAAGCUUAACAUUUUGGAGAAUUUCAAAAAACAACAUCCAGAGCUCGAUUUUAGCAAUGCCAAUAUUGAUCUAAAAUGA